AUGGCACCCAACGGCACCAACGGGUCAGUGAGGUCCAAGAAGUCAGGAGAAGGCGACGGCUUCUACAAUUCGCUUGUUCAGGGCGAUGUAGAGUUGCCUGAUGAGAAAGUUCUAGAUGAGAUAUUCUCGGAGAGAACGACUCAGCACGCUGAUGAUGCUAUCGAUUACGAGGAUAUUGAUGAACUUGCAGAUGAGAAUGAUGAUGCUGAACUUGCUUCGGUGGCAGAUGAGUCGAAAGACAAUCUUGCUCAAGGACCAGGAAUGGAUGAUGAAGAGGAUCUUCAGAACCAAGCAAACGACGAGUUUGAUGCUUUCUUUGGUGACGACGACGCUAAACCUGAUGAUGGCAACGAUCUUGGACAUAUGGGAGGUGAAGAUAUGCACAUGCUAGAUGAUAUGAAUAACCAAUUCGGGUUUGAAGAUGAUGGUCUUGACGAUUUGGAUUUGGGCUUUGAGGAUGAAGAGGAUAACCGUGCAGCUCCAGACUUGAAGACCUCAAGAAAGCGUAAGUCGCCGGAGGAGUUGGCUCUUAAAAAGGCAAAGCUUCAGAAAAUUGUUAAGGAUAUGGAGUCACGACAGAAAACCCGUAUGGUGGCAAGACACUUCCCUGAUUACCACCCAGAUAAACCAGUCAACUUCCAUAAUAUGUCGCUUCCAGCACCAAAAUACUACAGCCACCUCCGGCCGGGCAUUGCAUCCAGAACGAACAUCAAGCCACUAAUACCUAUGAAGCUUAGUUUGGAGGUUGAACCCGAUCAGAAAAAAGCAUUUAAAUCAAAAAGAGGCGUUACCUCUGUUCAAAGACCAGGCAUUGUUGAGAUUACACAAGCUGAUCUCGACCUAAUAUCAGACUUCGAAAGCAACAAGGAAAACGCCGUCAAGAUCAAGCUUUUACCAUUCAUUAAAUCAGACGGAGUUGAGAACGAUAAAUUCGCUGAAUUCAGCAAAGACCUCGUCCUUGCCAGUGCUGAUUGGGACGACGCCGAUAUUCUAGAUGCUGGCGAUUCCGACAAAGAACCUUCAAAGACUAAGGGAUCGGCUAUCUCCAGCGAUAGAUUUGUUGAUGAUGAUUUGUAUUAUGAUGACGAAAAUAUCUUCAACGGUCAAGCUGCUCCAGAAAAGUUCGAGCUUAAUAUGAACGAUCCAAACCUUCUAUUUGUGCCAGACAAGAAGAAAACUGACAGCACCAGAUCCAAAGCCCUUAUCCCUACAGACAAGAAACAUUUGCAUAUGAAGUUCAACAUCUCGAACGACAAACAAUACGAGAUCUUGAGAAACAACUAUAAUACGAAGGUGAGAAGUCAGUUGAGUAACUUGAACAUCGAGCAUUCCGUUCCUGCUAUGAGACUCCAGACGCCAUACUACAAGAUAAGAAUGUCUCCAGAGGAGGCAAGAGCUUACCAUAGAGGCAAGUUCCAAGUCAGACAAGGUUCUUUGAUUUGCUUCUCUAAACUCAAGGUGCGGAAGAAGAAGAAGGAUAAGGGUAAGACGCAAACCGAGAUAUUCAGAAAGACAUCGGACUUGACUUCGGUCGAUUCUUCUCCUUUGAUCGCCAUGGAAUAUUCGGAGGAAUACCCAAGCAUAUUGUCUAACUUCGGUAUGGGAAGCAAGUUGAUCAACUACUACAGAAAAGAAAAGGAAGACGAUAACCUGAGACCUAAGGCGCCACUUGGAGAAACACAUGUCCUCGGCGUAGAGGAUCGUUCUCCGUUCUGGAACUUUGGUCAUGUUGCUAAGGGGGAUUUCGUUCCAACCCUAUAUAACAACAUGAUUAGAGCUCCCAUCUUCAAGCAGGAACCAAAGAACACCGAUUUCCUUCUUAUAAGAUCGCUGGGUUGCGGAAACCAUCAAAGACAUUAUUUACGUGCCAUCAACCAUUUGUUUGCUGUGGGUAAUGUGUUCCCAGCGGUCGAAGUGCCUGCUCCUCAUUCCAGAAAGGUCACCAAUACUUCCAAGAACCGUUUGAAAAUGAUUGUCUACCGUACCAUGAACAAGAACGGUAAUGCUCGUCUUUCGGUUAAGGACAUUUCCCUGCACUUCCCAGACCAGAAUGAUAUGCAAAACAGACAAAGACUUAAAGAGUUCAUGGAGUACCAGAGAAAGGGUGAUGAUCAAGGUUUCUGGAAAAUCAAAAACAUGGAUGUCGUUCCAACAGAAGACGAAAUCAGAGCCAUGAUUACUCCUGAAGAUGCCGCCCUUUUGGAUAGUAUGCAACAUGGACUGCAAGUUCUUGACGAUAUCGACUCAUUGUACAAUGACGACUCUAGAAAGCAAGAUCUCAAGAGAGAGAAGAGGGAGAAGGAAGGAAGCAAAGAAAUGGAGGAGCAUGAGAACGAAGAGAAGGAGAAGGCUGCCGAGAAGAAGAGAAGAGAGAAAGAUGGAGAAGCCGAGGAGACGAUUGAUGAAGGUCUUUCACCAUGGAGUCUUUCGAAGAGUUUCAUCUUUGCGAACCAGACAAAGGCCAUGCUUCAAUUGAAUGGUGAAGGUGACCCCAGUGGAAUUGGCCUUGGUUUCUCUUUCUUGAGAGCUACCCAAAAGCAUGGCUUCAAGCCUCUUAUUCCUCCUCCAAAAGAUACUGUUCCUAAGAACACAACGGCCGCAUACCAGCAAAAGCUUUAUGAAAACGAAAUCUCUAGGAUCUGGUAUUCUCAGAGAAGUUCGUUGACCGUCGACAAUAGAGAGGGUCAUAACCUUGAUGAUAUCUACAGAGAGUACAAACCUCUUGAUCACAAGGAUUUCAUGAAGCAGAAGUUCGCUAAAGAGAAGGAAGACAAGGUCAAGCAGGAAGGUGUUCAGUCAGCGAGAAGAAAUGUGUUGAAGAUCACGCGUCUUGUUAGAGAUGAAAACGAUAUCGUUCAAAGAAAGGUUGAGUUUGUGACCGAUCCACGUCUCAUCAAGGCUUACAUUAAGCGAAAGAAGCAGAUUGAAGGCGACAAGAUGUCGAUGGUGAAUGCUAACGAGAUCUUACCAACCAAUGAUAUCGAGAUGAACAAGAUUAGAAGAAAGGCAUUGGAAGAGAAGAUCGCCAACUUGACAAAGAGAGCCAAGCUUAGUAAGGGAAGAAAGCCGAGCAAGGAUCCUCUUCAUCUUGCAGCUGUUGCAGGAGGCACCAUAAUAGACGACAACACGGUGAUGUUGCCAGAUGGAUCCUACGCUUUCGGUGGUAAGGGUAUUGGUAAGGGUAAGAGCAGAACAAGAAGAUGUGCUUCUUGUGGCGCUUUUGGUCAUAUCAGAACGAAUAAGACUUGUCCCUUGUACGAGGCCACUAAGGGAGGUAAAGUGAAGAUUCCUGCUGAGCAGAAGGAGAUCUUAAUGGCACAGGCGAAGGCCAAUGAAGGCAGUUCAGAGAAUGCCGAGCCCGAUUCUAACACAGCACAGUCGCCAGCCUAG